AAAGAUUGUUUUAGUAAUCGAUUAAUCUUUCAAUCCAGAAUGUUCAAUUAACCUACCAUGCAUGUGGGAGGAAACCGGAGUACCCCGAGAAAACCCUCGCAGGAACGGGGGACAACAUGCAAACUCCUUGACUCACAUCAAAUAGUUCCAAAAUGCUGUAAAGAAAUAACAGCUUUUCUUUUCUCAUAUCAAUAUCAUAGAUUUUGGCAUUAUUUGUGCCAUUUGGUUACCUUUCGUCUAUCGGAGCAGUAACGCGGUUUAAAUAUUUUGCUCGCAUUACUGGGAAAGAUCUAAUUUUUGAAUGAUGCUCAACAUGUGCGUCUAAGUUCAUGGCAGCUAAAAAGAGUUGACAGGAUGCCGUCGUCAGCGGUGUGGGAAGACCUACCGAAAUACCGAUGCAUUUCCUCGUGCAGCUUCAGAACUCAGCUGAACAUGUCUGCUGUGUGCUUAGGUCUCGCGACCCUCCUGUGUUUGUUCUGCACGACUCCUGCCAAAACAGUGGAGAACAUCGAAGUGAUAAGGAGACCCCCCGGCGGAUCUGUGUCCAUCCAGUGCAGUCAUGUUCCACAGGGCGAAAUGCACAUGACUUUUUUCAAAGGCCUCAAGAAGGAUUUUCAAAUUCUUCACAUGAUGUCCCAAAAAACCACCACCGCAAAGGAGUUCAGCGGCAGACUCCGGGUGGAGGGAAUCUUCCCCAAUGUGGACGUGAUCAUCUCGAACCUGACCUCAGAAGACACGGGGUUGUACUUUUGUGACUACCAGUGGUAUGACGACGCAAGGUCAGAACAAAAGAGGGUAGACGACGAUAGUCCGGUGAUGCUGGUGGUUGAAGUCGUAGACGAGCAGCCGUGUGCUAACCCAAACCAGAAUAUUCUCCUGGUGAUUGUUGUGGUUUCGGCUGCUGUGCUGUUUGGAGUCUUCAUCGCCCUCCUCCUAUGGAUCAUACCCAAGAUCAAAAGAUGGCACGCCAAAUAUAGGCCACGGCGCACAGUCACCAAUGAUGUUUACGAGGAGAUGCGCGGAACACUGCGAGCUUAAGGACAUCCUGUAAAGGCCGGCCACCAAGCGAUGCAGCAACACCGCAUGCUUUGCAUGCAUGCGUGCCUCUGACUGAACCAGUCAGGUACACGAAAAACAACUCGACUGUGCUAUGCAAUUAUUUUGUUUUCAAAGAUGUCAACAUCCAUUAGAAUGUAGUCGCUAAUGAUACAUGUCCAUAUGUGCGAGUACGAGGCAUGUAUGCGCAGCGGACACUUUAUUCGGAACAGAAUAGAAUAAGAUCCGAUGUACCAGUUUAAAAUAGAGCAUUGCUAUCUUUUAUCGAGGUAGAAUUUUAGAAAUAUCUGAUAUUAGAUUAGGCAGCUGUACCUAAUGUAUCCGGUCACAUGCAUUUGUAUAUUGCAGAAUGGCGUGAUUAAGGCUUAAACGAGAGAAUUUUCUUCCGAUGUCAAUCAAAUGACAUCUAUUCGCUGUAUGUGAGAAAACAACGACUGACUAAUUGCAAUCUAUUUUUACAG